AUGUCCGUCUACGCUGUCACAGGGGUGUCCAAGGGAAUUGGCUUCGAGUUCCUUCGGCAACUGUCGGAAGACAAGGAUAACCUGGUCAUCGGUCUUGUCCGUAACAAGGCUGCGACCGAGAAGAAGGUUGCCGCGGAGCUGGGCGACCGCCCCAAUGUUCACAUCCUCCAUGGAGACCUCACCAACUACGCCAGCCUGAAGGAGGCGGCCGCCGAGACCGCCAAGAUCGUUGGCGACCGUGGUGUCGACUACCUGGUUGCCAACGCCGGUAUCGUGCCCGAGUUUGAUGCUUACGGACCUGUCAGCGCAUUGGCCGAUAAGAUCCAAGAGGUCGAUGCUGGUGCUGCCGAGACAUUCCAGACAAAUGUCACCGGCCAGCUCCACCUCUUCAACCUCUUUGUUCCUCUGAUCAAGAAGGGCAAGGCCAAGAAGGUCAUCGCCAUCUCAUCUGGCGUGGGCGACGUCGACCUGACCAACCAAUGCGAGAUUGACGUUGGCCCGAUCUAUGCCGCAUCCAAGGCCGCCCUGAACAUUAUCGUGGCCAAGUUCAACGCGGAAUACAAGAAAGAGGGUAUCCUCUUCUUAAGCAUCAGUCCGGGCUUGGUAGAAGUCGGUCGCUAUGCAAAUGCCACGCCAGAGCAGGUGAAUGGCCUGAUGGGAUUCGUGGGCAAGCUCGCAUCGUAUGCCCCCCACUUCAAGGGUCCAAUCACCCCGGAGGAAUCGGUCAAGGCUGUUCGGUCCGUCUGGGAGAAGGCUAGCAUUGAGGAGGGACAUGGUGGUGCGUUCAUCUCGCAUCUGGGUAACAAGCAAUGGGUGUAA